UGGGCUGAACAUGAGAAUGAUGUAAGGAGAAGUCCAAUAAAGGCUUUGAAACGUCGAAUAUUGGGCCCAAUAACCAAAUUAGGUCAUAUAAAACCCUAACUUGCUGUUCCAACCACAACAGCGCCGGAAUUUUUUCAUCAACUACAAUGACUUUCAAGCGAAGGAAUGGUGGAAGAAACAAGCAUGGUCGCGGCCAUGUCAAAUUCAUUCGCUGCUCCAACUGCGGCAAAUGUUGCCCUAAGGACAAGGCUAUUAAGAGAUUUCUUGUGAGGAACAUAGUGGAGCAAGCCGCUGUUAGGGAUGUUCAAGAAGCUUGUGCAUUUGACCAGUACACUCUUCCCAAAUUGUAUUUGAAGAUCCAGCAUUGUGUUUCCUGUGCUAUUCACUCCAAGGUGGUUCGUGUCCGAUCACGCACUGAAAGGAGGAACCGUGAGCCUCCAAAGCGGUUCAGUCGCCCAAGGGAUGAUGCUCCCAAGCCAGGUCAAGCACCACGUCCAGCUGGUCCUCCUGCCGCUCGUACUUGAGGAUAAUUGUUUUGAUCAAUGCACCCCAAGUAAUUUUUUGAGUUCUCAUUCUAGUAUGCUUUUAUGAAUGACUCUUUAGGUUUUGUUGAGAUUAUGUUGUUGGUUUCAAGUCGGAAAUGAAUUUCAAGCUUAAGUGCCAUGAACUCGAGUUUGUUUGAUGGGUU